AUGCGCCUACUAUAUUAUGCUCUUUCCCUCGCUCCUCUCUGGACGCCCGGCGUACUGGCCCAAUAUUUGGGUCCAACCUACCCACCCCCACGAGACCUCACCAGUGAUUCCAGCCGCGUCGCCACCAGCUGGAAGAAGCUAGACUCAGCCCUGAAAGCGAGUCUGAGUCGUCGCAAUGCGAGUGAGAACAGUGAGAUAUCCCAACUGAGAGAUCUAACCUUCUCUGUUGGCAUGUUCUCGACCCUUGACCCGGCCGCGCAGCAGCUUCAGAUUCACCAUACUAGCGCCGAAGUCGCUAAUUCCUCAGUGGGAAUGAAGAAAGUAGAUGGAGAUAGCAUCUAUCGAAUAGCUAGUGUCUCGAAGCUUAUUACCGUCUUUGCGGGUCUGCUAGAGCUUGAUAGUGCUGACUGGGAAUGGCCACUCACCGACGUCUUCCCAGAGAUGGCAGAUUUUGUCCGCGAGAAAUCCAGUAACCUUCAACCCGUGUAUGACACUCAGUGGGAUAAGAUCACCCUCAACGCAAUCGCGUCACAGAUGGGAGGUAUCCCUCGUGGGGGAAAUUCGGAGUUACUAGCCAGCUACGUUACCGCCAGAGCGUUGAACAGCACUGAUCCAUCCGAAACGGAUCCCACCUUUUUGGGUCUCCCCCCUCUGAACGAAAGCGACCCAUCCCUCUGGCAAGCUUGCUGGGGGAGUAACCGACCUUUCUGUGCUGAGGUCCCCUACGCAGAAGCGGAGGCAGAUAAUUCUCCCGUCUUCCUCCCCUGGAGUAGCCCGCAGUACGCCAACAAUGGAUAUAUGUUUCUAGGCAUGGCAAUCGCGAACCUUACCGGGAAGCCCCUCGAGCAAGUCUACCAGGACAGCGUCUUCGAGCCUCUGGGGAUGACCUCUUCUCUCAGUGACCCCCCGGCUGAGAACGACCCGAACCGUGCGCGCUCGGUUAUUGCAGGACCUAUCGAAGGAUUUGCGAUCGAUGCCAGCGUUACCAAAGGCUCCGGUGGGUUGCUAUCGACCACCAACGAUCUCGCCAAGCUCGGCGUGGCCAUCCUGAAUUCCACUCUCCUUCCCGCGGACCAGACGCGCAAAUGGAUCAAGCCUGUCAGCCAUAGCGCAGACCUGCGAUACUCGGUGGGGAAACCCUGGGAGAUCUACCGCUACGUCCACCCGGACUCAGGAAUUGUUACGGAUAUUUAUACGAAGAUGGGCGACUCAGGCAACUACGGGGGCCUUCUGGCAGUCUUGCCGGACUUUGACGCGGGAUUCAGCGUCCUCGACGCGAGUUCCCUUACUACCCGGUCCGCAUCGGCUGCAUACCUGAUGGACUUGGUCAUUAACGCCGUUGUCCCCGCCUUGAUCGAACAAGCCGCUCUGGAAGCCCAGCGCAACUAUAUAGGAACGUACCGUUCCUCCAAUGCCGGACUAAACUCGUCCUUGACUCUGGCAUUGAGUCCGCCGACGCGCGCCUCACCCGGUCUGAUAGUCUCCUCUUGGAUCAGCAACGGCACAGACAUCACACCAUACCUGGCAGCAAUCCUCGGUGGUAAAGACACGAGACUGGUGCCUACCAUUCCCGCCUCUGGAAAGGUGGCAUUCCGCCCUUACACCCCGACGGUGGAAAAGGCGGUUGGCUCGCCACAGAGACUCAUAUCGCGACUUUACGAUGUCAACGAUCUGUAUCUGCUCGAUGGGAGCACCUACGGUGGCCAGAGUCUGUCACUGCUUGUGUUUGACGUCGACGAAAAUGGACGGGCUACAGCGGUAACUCCUCCAGCGUUCCGCACCAAGUUGGAAAGACAGUGA